AUGGGCAUUUGCUUAUGGAGUGCGGUUAUCAUGGUCUUUGAGUGCAUAUGUCUUGGGCCUGGACCGGUCCACCAUUUCACAUCUGACGACAAAACUGGUUACAAUUUGGAUUUACUCCCAACAAUGGAGAAACCCAAUACAAAUGUGAGUAACGCCACUGGGUUUCCAAAAUGGCUUUGUGCCACAAAUUUGGCCGUACACAACAAUCUUAAGUGGGACCCCUUCAAGCAUCGCUUUUAA